ACCCACAAAAAAAAAAAAAAAAAAAAAAUCAAAUUUUGAUUUAAAUAUAAUUAUUUAACGUAACUUUUUCCAUUAGUCUUUCUAACAAGAAAAAAGAAAAAUGAUUUUUUGACCGAAAAUUCUGUAGCGCUCACGAAAUAUUGGAGCCACUUUUGGAUGUGCUUACAGUCACUGUGUUAUUUUAUCUGCAAUGGCCAUGGUUGCGAGGUUUCACGCAUGCCCGCACAGCUUGGAGCACUUCAACGUCAAGGACCACCGCGGAACCGGCCCGGCGGUGAUAAUCGGGUCGGGUUUUCGGCGUUCCGGGGGUCUGCUGGCCGCGGGGAGAAAUGGGUUUUGCUUGAAACCGUGCAGGUCGUUUAGGGGGGAGGAUAACGGAGGGGAUGCGGAGGAGGGAGAGGCAGAAAGUGCGAGAAAGCGUGGGAAUUUGAAGAAGGGAGGUGGGAUUUUGAAAUCUUCGGUUUGGGGUGGUUUUGGUUGGGGGUUUAGAGAUGGGGAUGAACACAGGAAGGCUGUGGCCAAGUUGGAGGAGAUCUGUCAAUCUGCUGCUGUUCAAAUCGGAAGAUAUAUUGUGACCAUGAUGAGCACAGGAGUUAUACUAGCAAUUGGGUUUCAGUUGUCAGGUGGAGACGCUGAUUUGAAUGAGCUAGUUUGGUAUAGCUGGCUUGGUGGAAUUAUUAUCGGAACUAUGGUUGGAGCUAACAUCGUUUUAGAGGAUCACUGUCGAGCUGGUCCACGAAAUGUUGUCAUCAGUGGAAGCACAAGGGGACUUGGAAAAGCACUUGCUCGUGAAUUUCUUCUUUCUGGAGAUCGUGUAGUGGUCGCUUCUCGAAGCCCUGAGUCUGUACAAGCAACUGUCAAAGAGCUCGAGGAAAACCUAAAGGAAGGUAUAAACAGUGCAGGUGGCUUAUCCAAGAACCUGAAACAUGCAAAAGUGGUUGGCAUAGCAUGUGAUGUUUGUGAACCUGGUGAUGUGCAGAAACUGGCAAAUUUCGCUGUUAGUGAACUUGGUCAUGUUGACAUUUGGAUAAACAAUGCUGGUGCUAAUAAAGGAUUUAGACCAUUGCUUCAGUUUACGGACGAAGACAUUAAGCAGAUUGUCUCCACAAACCUGGUUGGUUCAAUACUCUGCACUCGAGAAGCGAUGCAUAUAAUGAUGAAUCAGCCUAAAGGUGGGCACAUAUUUAAUAUGGAUGGAGCAGGCUCUGGGGGAUCAAGUACCCCUUUGACAGCUGUCUAUGGAUCGACAAAGUGUGGUCUUAGACAACUUCAAUCAUCACUUUUAAAGGAGUGCAAACGGUCCAAAGUAGGAGUACACACAGCAUCUCCUGGCAUGGUUCUUACCGAUCUUCUUCUGAGUGGUUCUUCCUUGAAGAAUAAACAAAUGUUUAACUUCAUAUGUGAGCUUCCUGAAACAGUAGCUAGAACUUUGGUUCCACGGAUGCGAGUUGUAAAAGGAACAGGAAAGGCCAUCAAUUACUUGACACCUCCUAGGAUCUUACUCGCUUUAGUAACUGCAUGGCUGCGACGAGGUCGCUGGUUUGAUGACCAGGGCAAGGCAUUAUACGCAGCAGAAGCAGACAGACUUCGGAACUGGGCAGAAAACCGCACCCGUUUUUACUUCACUGAUGCAAUGGAGAUGUACACGGAGAACACAUGGGUGUCUGUCUUCUCACUUUCCGUUGUUUGCGCCUUCAUAAUUCUUUCUAGCACCAGCAGCAACUUACCUGGUACUUAAGAUUUUCGUGCACAGUUGAAACCGAAACCACUAGGAAUUACCUCAGGCAGGAUGCUAUUUGUGAAGGACCAAACCAGCCACAUUGCUCGGGACAACGCAUGCAACCGAAGAAAGUCGGGGUACCAUUGUUCUACCCUGCGUCGAUCGGACACUAAUCAUUUGUAGAGCAUUCGUUGUAGAUCAUGAUAAGCCUAUUUGACUGCUGCACAUCGUUUACAAAUCCGAGCUUUGUAGGGGGUUGUAUAUGCAAAAUCAUGUAGAAACUUGAGUAGUUCUUAGUAAUAUUUGAUUCCAAUUUGUA